UGCCGCACUGUCGUUGGGAGUCCAAGUGAGGAGACGCAAUAUUGCAGCUGAAACACUUUGCACGAACCAAAGUACCGCACUUCCCCCCAAGACGCGCAGAGAGAGAGAAAAAGAGGAGGAGGAGACGGGAGUCGACGAGAAACAGCUGGUUUCUCAUCACUGCACUUUUCUUUCUCACCGAUCUUGAAAUUUGUUUGUAGCUCUCAGAAGAGGAAACUACCUGCCAGCCAAUCAGCGCUGCGUCCUCGAUCAGCAUCCAGGAGCAGCUCAGCAUCACUUGGAAGAGCCGGACGCAGCAGCACCGCCGGGACCCGAAUAUCCAUGGAUCCGUUUCUCGGCUGGAUUAUAAUUUAGAAGCGCUCCUCUCUUCGUGAACUCGCGUUGCUCCCCAUCUUUCUCCCCCUGCCACACUGUGAGUUAUUGCCCGACCUGUAUACGUGGCCCGGUAUUGCGGUACUUUUGCUGACGGCUUGCAGUAUAAAUGCAUCGCUAGAAGAUCUCCACUGCGCCAAGAAGACUCCCCGCCCUUUUCUGAAGCUACUUAAACCUCUUUACUAAUUAAAACCUCAGAUUUUUUCCCCCUGGAUAAGUGCCUUCACUUCUUUUCGAAGAUUUUUAUUAUUAUUAUUACUUUGGUGUCCUCCCUCUGCUCCCUCACUUCCACCGCUGAGUCAGUUCAAACAGCUGCAUAGAAGAUGUCUGCCCCAGAUGCUGCUGCCCCUCCAGCUGCUGGACCUCCAGGCGCUCCUGGCGCCCCCGGGCCAGAUGGAGCCCCAGGCGGAGCGCCACCCGGCCCACCCAACACCAGUAGCAACCGCAGGCUUCAGCAGACACAGGCCCAAGUUGAGGAGGUGGUGGAUAUCAUGAGGGUGAACGUGGACAAGGUUUUGGAAAGGGACCAGAAGCUUUCAGAGUUGGAUGACAGAGCAGACGCUCUCCAGGCCGGAGCCUCCCAGUUCGAAAGCUGCGCAGCCAAGCUAAAAAACAAGUACUGGUGGAAGAAUUGCAAGAUGAUGAUCAUGAUGGGCAUCAUUGGAGUCAUUGUGGUUGGAAUAAUAUUCUUGUACUUCUUCUACUGAGCACCUCCCAUCAUCAGAGAUGAACUCAAACCUAAGGAUAAUGUUAUAGGGGAGAGGAAAAAAUGAAACGCCACUCCUCCCUUCUAUCAGCCUUUCUUCUCUUCACACAGUCUUCCAUUGAACCAUCCUGCACUCAGUCAUGUUCCUACGUAUGUGUUUCUGCUCUCUUCGUGCCCCUUUCCCCACCUUCUUUCUUGCUGCUUUCUCUCGGUCUUUCUCCAGGAGGUCUCACUCACUCUCUCCAGUCUGUGCACCUCAUGUAUUAUUGACGGCUGCAGCGGGCGGACGGAAACAGGGAGGAGAAAAAGAAAGAAGAAGGGAGAACGCAAACAGAGCUCAGAGAAAUAUAAGUGGAGAUUGAACAACAGUUUGCAGUCUUUCUACUCCAGAUACGCCAACGCUUGAUCAUGAAAUUUUUGAUUUAAAGAGACCUACAUUUGUACAUUGAUACCGACAUGCCAAACUAAUACCCUCCUUUCAUCAUAGCGCUUAUUACUAACAUGUUAGAUUAAGAGUCAAAUCAUUUCUGAUGUUUUUCCACCUGUGCAAUUGUGAUCCGCCACUCUGCAGCUUUUACCCAAUUGGAUUUCACCAGUAAUUUAUUCCAUUUUCUGUUCAACUUUCUCUCACACUAGUCUCAAACUUCUGCAGGGAUGAUAAGAACGGAGAAAUGCAAAAAAGGGGGGAAAAAAGUCUCUGUGAAACGUUAAGCCAAAAAGAGGUGAUUCAGGAAAAAGAAGUAGGAGUUUAGUAGCAUAUUUUCCUGCAUACAUACAUGCAACUUGAGUCAUAACCUCCAGGCAGAAAGUGAUGAGUCAGUUUUGGGAUUUUUCUAUCUUAGGUGAUGGCAAUAGAGUCAUGUACACAGAAAGGCACAUGAAGCGGCUACUGACAGACAAUCUGCACGCCUAAAGGACACGAGGAAGACCUCUCCACUCUGAAUGGACAGAGUCUCAGCCAUAGACAGAUGAAUGUGUAGCGUCGCAUUUUGAGCAACCUUCUAUUGAGAGCGGAGCAGAUGGAGUGUUUGUUGUUUUCAGAGUGGGAGAAUGAGAGAGGACAGAAUGAGGAUCCCCCAGAGCCGCCAGGCUGCUCCCCCUUCACUCACACAAAACCAGACUCAUCUGUCACCUGCAGUUCGAUAACAGCCAGUAAGAGGCAUUUGUUUCUAACCUGCAUGGCAAACAGUAUCCAUAUUUGUGUGACCUGUGUAUCUGCCAUUUCUCAAUCUUACUGCCGAUUGUAUAUUUUCUUUCCUUAGUGGUUUCAAGGACCUGUGUAUAAUGUUUUUCUGAUCAGAUAUGUACUGCUUAUGCAAUGUGCAAUGCAACAAUGCUCAUGAGUUUGCCAAAAUGUGUCACUUGCUUUGAACAGAAAAAAAAAACAUAAUCCUCAACACUGCAACCUACCGCUACUGUAGUAAAUCAUUUUAGGAAUCACAUAGAGCUAAUAUAGGAGAACCACUGUACAUACAUACAAGUUUAUGCUCCAGAAAAUGUGUUUAUAUCAAUAGACUGUUGGUUAUUCGUGGAAUUCCUUUUCUUUUCUCUGAAUUGAUUUUGAAAGUUGUGAAAAGAGUAAAUAAUACAAAGAAAUUCAUGAGAAAUAUGGAGCAAUGCAUAACUGUAGCACCAGUGAUCUGCUGAUAUUGUGCAACAAUAUUAACAGGUGAUCAUCAUACAAAUAGAGAUUAUGUUUUGUGAAUUGAACAUAGGAUGAGAGAUGCAACCAAAUUUUGCAAAAAAAAAGUCAAAUGCAUGUUUACCACUUUUGCUGAUGCCAAUAAAUAAAUCAUGAACUGAA